CAGCUGAUCAAAACAGUCACGGUUUCAGUGGUAAAGCCUCAGUACUGAAUAAGACUACUUUCUUUUUUUUCUCUUCUAGAAGCAGUGCCAAGUUGAUAGCACCAUUGGGAUGCUUGGUCUCUAGGCAAAAGCACACUCUUCCUGACUUGCCAUAUGAUUAUGGUGCUCUGGAACCUCAUAUUAAUGCAGAGAUCAUGCAGCUGCACCACAGCAAACAUCAUGCUACCUAUGUGAACAACCUGAAUGUUGCGGAGGAGAAAUACAAAGAGGCACUGGCAAAAGGUGAUGUUACAGCUCAAGUGUCACUUCAGCCUGCACUGAAGUUCAAUGGUGGGGGUCAUAUCAAUCAUACCAUCUUCUGGACAAACCUUUCUCCUAAUGGAGGAGGAGAGCCUAAAGGAGAAUUCAUGGAAGCCAUCAAGCGUGACUUUGGUUCCUUCGCAAACUUCAAGGAGAAGCUGACAGCUGUAUCAGUUGGUGUUCAAGGAUCAGGCUGGGGGUGGCUUGGCUAUAACAAAGAGCAGGGGCGCCUACAAAUAGCAGCUUGUGCAAAUCAAGACCCUUUGCAAGGAACAACAGGUCUCAUUCCUUUGCUAGGAAUCGAUGUAUGGGAACACGCUUAUUAUCUUCAGUAUAAAAAUGUUCGACCUGAUUAUUUGAAAGCCAUAUGGAAUGUGAUCAACUGGGAGAAUGUAUCUUCAAGAUACGCAUCUUGCAAAAAGUAGAGUGGAAUUUUUGCACAGACUACUAAAAUGUCACCACUUCUACUCUGAUACCACUCUUGUAGUAGUGCCUGUGGCUUACAAAUGAAUUGCUCUACUGCAGAAAACACUUAGCUCAUCCAACAAAAGCAUUUCAUAAUCAAGCCAAGUGUCUGCUUGUUUAAUUCUGUGAGAGCUAUUUACUUAGAUUUUUGAAGCUUUAAAGUGUUAUGCAACAAAGGGAGACACUUUAAUCUUUUUCCAUUGCAUACAGAAACAUAGAGCACCUUGCUGAAGCUUAUUGAGGUAAUGGAUUUCCUGGUUGCACUAAAAUACCUAAGUGGAAACAUGUACUUCAUGUUGCUAUAAAAAAAAUAAAACUCAAAAGAAGAAUCUUCUGUAAC